GGUAGACAGACAGAUAGGCCAUCCAAUCAGACCGGCUUGUAACAGGCCUGCCACUACCACUGCCUUUUUUGUAUAAGCAUUAGAAUUAUUGAUUGUUGUCACAGUGUAAACAUAAUUACAGCAAUAUGACAAGAAAUGCUUCGAAAAUAAAUGCCCUACCCUAGCUUUAAUAUUUUGGUUCUUAAGUUGUUUUUUAAAUAUAUGAGUGACAGUAAAGUCAUGACGUUGGUCUCAGAUGUUAUUAGGUAGGACUUGAAACCAUGACUACACUGGUGAUGAUGACACCACCUACCGAUAUUACUAAAGAGACCUGAUAUAUAGGAAGACGGAGCAGGCAGAAGGUCGGACCAUCCCUUAGCCUCCGAGAAUAUUCACCACUAUACGGUCCACUCUGUACUCAGAACCAUUGUCUGUAUGUAAUCGGAAGUGAUUUCUUUAUUUUUUUUUAUUGAACGUCUUUUACAUUGGGUAACAUAGGGUCGCUAUGAAGAUUGUCUUGGAACUAAAUGGUUGUCGUUUUAUUCGUCCUUUGUAACAUUGUCCUUAGGGACCUUACUGUUUUAGCCGCUAUGCAGAGUGAAGGAUUUUUGAGGGUUAAUGUUAGUGGUAGCGUGGAGUAUCAGGCGUCACAGGAGAUGAUUGUGUUCUGCACAUUAUCUGUGGGGCUAAGCUGCUCUUUUAUCUACGUGAACUGUGUUCUGUUGUACACCUUGAGGAGCAAGCCAGUUUUUCGUGAGACGUCCCGUUACAUUCUGUUGUUUAACCUUCUCUUCGCAGAUACUGCCUAUCUUGUGACAAGUUUGUUACUUUACAUACUGGCUGCUUGCAGGUUGAGGCUGAAAUUGUAUGUUUGUGGUUUGCUUACAAGCAUCGGCGUUUUAGAAGACAUAAUCUCUCCUCUUACUCUAGCAGUGAUGUCCAUUGAGAGAUAUGUGGCUGUGUGCUUUCCUAUGAGACAUACAGACCUUGCCACCGUCAGAAACACAGGAGCAGCCAUCGCGCUUGUGUGGACCAUCUCUGGGGGCAAUGUUUUAAUGCGAGUGUUAAUACUUAUUGGUUGGAAAAAUGAUUUAGAUCUGAAUGUGGAAAUGAAAGACUUCUGCUCGAAAGAGGCAAUGUUCCUGGCACCGAUUUCCAGUCAAGUUGAUAAAGCAUUUUCCAUUUUUGUGUUUGCAUUUGGGGGAUUUGUAACUAUUCUUUCCUAUGUUGGUGUGACGUUGGUAGCCAGGUCAGCCUCGACAGAAAAAGCUACUGCCAGCAAGGCCGGAAAAACAGUUUUACUUCACAUGAUUCAGUUGGUGCUGAUUCUUAUCGCUACUAUCUACUCUAGCAUCCUCCUUAGCUUUGCAAGAACAGUGGAUAGAACAACUCUGAUCCGUCUCUACAACAGUUUUUAUGUGUGUUUGAAUAUAUUUCCCAGGUGUCUCAGUGCUCUUAUCUAUGGGCUCAGAGACAAAACCAUCAGACCUGUCCUCUUGAAAAGACUCUGUGGUCAACUUAAAUGCUUGGCCCCUACAUAACUGUGGAUGUCCAAACAUGGAUUUAGUCAAUGUCUUGUUCCUUGAAAUCUAAACUUUUUUUUGAAAGUCAUAAUUUAUUUGAAAAGUUGUCAAAUAAUAAUUUCGCUAAAGAGUCAUAUGGUUGAAAGUCUGUAUCAUGGAAGUUAUGCAAACACCUAGGGUUAUCCCAAAGCAUAUAAGAAUGUCAUUGGUUUAAAAACUUGCUGUAAAUUGUUGUUUUGUGACACGAAAAGAUUGAUAAAAUAAAAAUGUGUUCUGAAAGUGCUAAAUGUUGUAACUGUAAUACAUAUAAUAAUAAGUGCUGUUAAAAUGAGCGUGCUAUUAACACUAUAACGCAAUCUUAUUUUAAUUUGAUAACCCUAACCCUACAAUUGAAGUAAGUGACAGGCUGCUUACAAUUCCCAAAUCUGUGGUGCUACUUAUUUGAAUUGAACUACACUUGUAUUACCUGUUGGUUUACAAUUCUACUAAGUAACUGCCUGUUUGCAAUUCCCUAAUCGGUGGUGUUCUGUAAGUUUGAUAUUCAACCCACACUGAGUGACUGAGUCAAUAUAUCACCCUCAAGAUCACUUGGUCUAGUUUUUCUUUAUCAAGUACAUUUGGUAUGAUGAUAAUGUGUCAUUCCAUUUGAUAAUCUCAUUUAACUUCAAUUGGAUUGGAUUUUAAAAAAAAAGUGAUUAAUCGUAAAUUAACUCACCAAUACUAUGUGAUUAAACUUUUUAAUCGUUUGACAGC